AAAGAGGCUACCUGCUUCAUCUUCCACUGAAACAGUAGAGGCGCGUGGCAUCAUGGACGCUGAAGGCACCAAAAAACAGGAGGAAGUCCACAACAGCAAUGACCCAGGGCAGAACAAAGACUCAGAGGGGGCUCAGACAGAGACUAAGGGAGAGAGUGAGGCAGGGACAGUAGAGGCUGCUGGGAAUGAGUCUGAGGGAGAGCAUGAGACAGGGAAAGUAGAGGCUUCUGGAGAUGAGGCUGCAGGAGAGGCAAGGGAGACAGAGCCUGCAGGAAAUAUAGCUAAGGGAGAGGGUGAGGCUGGGAAAGCUGAGGCUGCUGGGUAUGAUACCAAGAAAGAAAACCAGGCAGCAGAAAAAGCUUUGGGUGAUGAGGAGGUACAGACAGCUGGAAUUACAGAGAAAGUGAAGGCAGCAAGGGAAACAAGCCAAGAAGACCAGGCAGUGAUUGAAGAUAAGGUGGUUGUAUCUGGAGCAGAGCCCAAGGAAGAAAUUGAUAGAAACCUAGAAGUGCAGGAGAAAGAAGAAAAACCUGGCAUCUUGGAACAUAAUUCCAGCAUCCCCCAUAGCGAGGGCCGAACAGGCAGCACUUCAAAUGAACCUCUCUCACCAGAACCAGAGGAUGAAGAAGAGUACUGGCCAGAAGUCUCCGCAAGCUCUCCUGAUGAGGGCCCAGAAAGCCCCACAGGAUUCAAAAGCUUGGAGGAAGGUGGCACCACUUCAAACACAACAGCUGCAGAAACUGCUACUGGGCAAACUACCAACACUGAAGCCACUUCAAGUGGGGAUCAAGAGCAGCGCCCUGCUGCUGAGGGGGCAGCCACUGCCAAGGAGAAAAAGACAAGGCCUGCAUUUGACCGACGGGAACUAACCAGGCCACGUAUGCCACCCAGAGUGCAGUCGCGCAAAGCCAUUGUAGAGAAGUUUGGAGGGGCAGCAAGUGGUCCUGCUCCCAAUAUCAGAAGGAUGGGAGGUGCAAACAGUGUGAAGAACAUGUUGCUGGAAUGGUGCAGGGCCAAGACUCGUGGCUAUGAGAAUGUAGACGUCCAGAACUUUUCCUCCAGCUGGAGCAGCGGCAUGGCCUUUUGUGCCCUCAUCCACAAAUUCUUCCCAGAUUCUUUUGACUAUUCUGCACUUGAUCCAGCAAAGCGCAGAGAAAACUUUGUCCUGGCCUUCUCUACUGCUGAGAAGCUUGCAGACUGUGCCCCGCUUUUGGAUGUGGAGGAUAUGGUGCACAUGAGUGUCCCUGAUGCCAAAUGCAUCUACACUUAUAUCCAGGAGCUUUAUCGCAGCCUAGUACAGAAAGGCCUGGUGAAGACAAAGAAGCAGUGAAAAGAGACAGUAGGCUUAUAUCUGAGGCCAACUGGUAACUACAAAGGAAAGUUCACGACAGGGAGAAGAUAGCAUGGGAUAUGUCCUGGCUACAGCCCUGACUUCAUUCUGUGAUUUCCUGCACACAGCACUGAAUAGUAGUAGCUUUCCCCC